AUGAGCCACUCGAGCGCAGCCGCCUCAGCAGGCGGCAAGGAAGGGCUUACAGAUGCAGACAUCGACAAGAUCGCGGGCAGGGUGGCCCAGAUGAUACGGCUGGGCACAGGGACAUCUCCGGCCUCGGCGCCACCUGAGAGCGCACCCAACCUCCAGGGGCUCGCCGGUCAAGAUCAGAGCGCGGCUCCAUCUCACGAGGCGGGCUGGAGCGUGGUAGACGACCCCUGGACGGAACAGGACCCGUGGCGAGAAGAAUGGAGAGCGAAGGAUGCGCGGGCAGAAGAUGACAAGCUCACACCACCAUCCAUGAGGGCAUCAGACACUUGGAAGGAGUGGAGAGACGGAUCCGAGCAGCGACAGUCCUGGGAUCAGGACGACGGAUGGAAGAGCAGACCCGGGCGACAACAUGCCUGGGAUCAAGACAACUCGUGGCAGAGUUGGAGCAGUCAAGGCAGCUCAUGGCAGCACGACCGCGGCUGGUGGCAGGGCCAGUGGACCCAACCCAAGCCAGCACCAUCCUGGCCAGGCUGGGAGAGAUUCAGGCUGUGGAAGCAGUACGUGAAGCGCUGGAAGGACAGCCUGCACCUGAGCGAGGUACAGGCAGCAGACAGGCUGCUGGAGAUUUUGCCCUGGGAGAUCAAGACGACUCUCGAGGACAUCCCAGACAGCGAGCUGACGGUAGAGAUCAUACUGAGGAGGAUGGGCUUCAAGUCCGGCGAGCGCGAGGACGACGACCUCUACCGGACAGGCAGUGAGGCCAUGCAGGACACGGAGAGGAAGAAGGACGAGGACCUGCACGCCUUCGCGGAGCGACGCCGACGUCAAUUCGACAAGGCGAAGAGCAUCGGGAUGGAGAUCCCGCAGAAGAUCCAAGGCAUGCUGCUGAUGCAAGGAGCUCGUCUCAACGAGCAGGGCAGGCAGAACCUCAAGAGCCUGACGAAGGGCUCGAUGCUGGGCGAGGACAUCCUCUGGGCACUGCCCAAGCUGGACACCGGAGGGAAGAUCUGGAGCGACGGCAAGCAGUCAUCGCUUCUGAGCAUGGGGUCGGAGGAGGCGCCGCCACCUUCCGAGCCCCAUCGGGCAGAGUCUGGGCCUGUCGAGGAGCCGAUCUACGAGUGGUCGUACUGGGCCGACGAGCUCGACUCCGAGGACGAGGCCAUGGUGCUCGUCGAGCUCUCCGAGAAGAGCCUCGCGGAGCCAGAGGCGUGGAAGGAGAACCAGCAGCUGAAGACGGCGCUCAAGCGGGAUCGAGGCUUCUGGAAGAAGAAGCGCCGGCUCACCCCGUCACAGCUGAAGCUGAUCACGAAGUGCGGCAACUGUGGUGAAGUAGGGCACUGGCACAAAGAGUGCAAGAAUCCUCACCGCCCCAGAGAGCGAGAUGGCAAAGGCAAACCUCGGUCUGGAGGGGCCGAGAUCGAGGCUUUCACGUUCGCGGCGAUUGGCGCGAGCGACGACCAGGACUUCAACCUCGACGGCAUCACGGUCCUGGGCAGGGAGGUGCUGGCGACCCUCAGGGAGAUCAUCAGCUCAGAGACCACGGAGCUCUCGCUGCUGAUUCUCGAGGGCGGCCUGAUCAUCGUGGACAGCGGCGCCUCCCAGGCGAUCAUAGGUCGCCGGGCUUUGAAGGAGCUCGAGGGAGAUCUGCAGCGACGAGGCCUGCGGAUCAACUGGAUCGAGAAGAGCGUCCAGACACCUCGGGGCAUCGGCGGAUCGGCCACGCUGGUCGGAGUCGCCGUGGUGCCUAUCUCCAUCGGCGGCAAGAGCGGGACCGUCGAGUUCGUGGUGACCGAGGAGGACCUGCCUCCACUCUUGCCAGGCGGGUUUCUCGAGCAGUUCGGCGCGGUGCUGGACUACGAGAAGGAUCUUCUUCUUCUGAAGAAGUUGGACUGUGAGACUGAGCCCCACCGGAUCGGGAAGAACCACCGGGGGAUCUACAUCAACGACUGGCGCGGGACAGAGAGCAGCUUCUCUCCCAGCUCGCGCGCCUUGCCAGCCGGCCUUGGCUCGGACGCCUUCCGAGCCCCGACUGAAAAAAAGGACGUGCUCUCUUGGAAGGAUCCCUCUAGACGCAACUACCGAGCUCACCGCGAGAUCCGCCUCAAGUCGAUGCGGAGCCGCCCAGACUCGGACAUCUCAGAGAGGGUCAAGAUCCAGUGGAUCAGGCUGCUGCAUGCCGGACUGAUGUGGAUACAGACCCUCAUGGACAAAUUCUUCGCUCUGAACAGGCGCGGGAGACUCUUCCCAGGAAGGGAGCUUCGUCGGAGGAUGAUGGAGGACCCCAGGCUGGUGAACGACCUCUACGAGUACCGGGUUCCGAUGUCGGCACCCUUGGCAGACGGGACGGUGCCUUGGACGCUAUGUGUGCAUCGCCCCAGGUGGUUCGUGACCUCCUACAACCAGCACGGGAGCUGGGAGCAGUGCAGCAAGUGCAAGGUGAGGACGUCCUAUCGAGAGAUCGGGUACCGCGGGGACGGCCACCGACAGAUGACGGCAUCAGAGAUGAGGAAGCUCAGGCAGCAGCUACCGCGCGAUGUCAGGCCACUGAGCUCGGCAGGUUCGGCGUCGCAGGAGGGCACAGCCCAGGCUCCGAGUCGACGCGCGGCGUCGGCGCCGAACGACGAGAACACCUGGUCGAGCUUCAACCAGGAGCCUCCACCUCCGUGGGCAUCGGAGAUGGUGCGAGGUCUAUCGGCAGCAGUGGCCGAGGCAAUGACGGCAUCCACGGGACCGAUGGCAGCAGCGCUACGCGAGCAAUCUGUGACGCUCUCGCACAUGGUGGCCACGAUGCAGCAGAUGGCACCAGAACCCCCAGCAGCAAGCGGGAGUGCGGACUCCAGCACGCCGGCAUCGCCGACCGGACCGCCACCGACGACCACCGGGGCAUCUCCAAACCUCGGGUUCACCAUGGUGGAGGAGGCCCCGGCGGACACCGACAU